AUGUCUGUCACAGCUAAGAUUGUCGACUUCAAUCCUGCUUCGUACCGAGCACGCAUCAGUUCAAUCCGAGAUAUCGAAACUCAAGCGAACCCCGGCCGAGCACAUUCAUGUGAAAGGCAAAUCAGAGUGCCUGCCAGGCACACGGGUGUUAAGAUUCAAGAAUCCCUACUCAAGUACCUGAAAAGAGCUGGGAACCGAUUCGUUUGGCUACGGGGAUCUCCUGGGACGGGGAAGACUGCGAUAUCUAUGAGUGUCGCAUCCACCCUUAAGGAGCAGGGUAUGCUGGCCGCAUCAUUCUUUUGGGAUAAAAACCAGACAGGAACAGGCUUGGACUCUAUCAAACUGUUCCCUUCUACCCUUGCAUGCCAACUUGCAUCCUUCAAUGAGGACUUCAAAUUGUCUUUUGUCAGACGACGCCUUCGGCAACGGGAUUUGGUCUCUAUUCAGGGUCUCCCUUUGGACAAACAAAUUAAUACCCUGAUAAUUGAGCCCAUGCGUGACUUGGAGGAUAUAUGGCCUUUGGGAAAGGAUCGCGUCGUUAUCGUCCUGGAUGGCCUUGAUGAGUGCGGGGAUCAGCAGAGACUUGGGUCGCUGAUGGAACUAGUGCUUGCCUUUCAGGAGCUCCCGCCGAUAUUUUCUGUGCUAGUUAGUUGUCGUCCUGAGCCAAAAGUCAUUUCAGCUUGGGAUGAAGCUCGGGCCCAGGGUCAUGCCAUACUAUGUGAAGAUUUGGACAAGGUUGUAGUGAGAGAAGCUUUCCACACGGUCCGCUGUAUGGUGGAAGAAGGCCUUCAGCACCUCUUUGACAAAUAUUUGUGGAAACCAGACAAGUGGGAACUUGGCGCUUUCGCUCGGGCUUGUUGGGGGUUACCUGUCAUGGCGUCUAUCCGGGUUCGCGAUGUUGUCCUGCAGACACGGCGUGGCCGCACCUUGCAGUCGGUGUUCCGGGAGUUGCUAAACCUCACCAAUGCACCUGCCAACCUCAACUGGGAGUACUUGCGAAUUCUUCGACAAGCCUACAUGCUGGAUUCAUCUGAUAUUCACCCAGAUGUAGCCAAGAAGUAUCGCUCAGUGGUUGGCGCGAUUGUUGCAGCGCGCAUGACGAUGAACGUCUCUUUUAUGUCACAGCUUUUCAAGAUUGGCGAAGACGAGAUCCGUGCGACAUUGGAACCCAUCAGCUCCAUCGUUAAUCUUCCCUCAGAGAACACAGAAGAAGUCACCUUAUAUCACGCAACGGCACAAGAAUUUAUUACAGGGGAGCCAAUUGGCGAUGAAAAGGACAAAGUAUUCUUCAUCGAUGACGUGAAAGGGUAUUUCCUUGGAUUGCCACUCCUUCGACUCUUCAAGAAUUAUUGUGACCAGGAUGCAUUUGGAAUACCUACGAAUCCCCCCCUAGGAGAUGAAAGAAUUUGGAAGGAAUUUAUGGCGAAAAAGGAGGAAUAUUGGUGGCGCUUCUCCUAUGUUAUUAAACACUUGUUCAAGCACUUGGACCCUUCGCGACUUUUUUCACAAGAGUCCAAUGAAUUGCAGAACGAGUUUAAUUCCUUCAUCACGCAAAAAUACAUCUUGACUUUCAUGCACUUGCAAGAUGUGGAGGAUCCCAUAAUAUUUCCCGACGAAUUACAUCAAUUCAAUAAUCACAAUUCAAUCCAACUUCUGAGAGAUUUACAUCUCGUAGCUAGCACUGCUGCAUAUAAACCAUGGGAACUUUAUCGAUCGAAGCUUCCGUUCGCUCCACCCUCGUCGUCUGUUUACAAACAAUAUGGCCAUCUCUGUGAUGUCCGGAUCUUCUCCGCUUUUGGCGAGUUCUCAGGUGGCACCAUUCCAUUAAGCAAGGAUUUACUCAGUGCCCGAGAAGUCAUGCAGGCAAAGUUAAGUACACUGCCAGAUGCAGUUUAUGAAGGACGUAGGGUAACCAAUUAUGAAGCUGAAUUCCGUGAACCCGAUGUUCGCAAUGGCAUCGUGACAUGCGCUGCACUCUCCCUCAAUGGUCGCUAUAUUGCACUCGGAUUUGGCAGCGGAAUUAUCGAAGUGGCUGAUAUCGACCACCAGUGCACGAUCUGCCGAUUGCAGCACGAUCCAGCCAAUUUCCCGGCCUGGAUCGAAUUCGUCCACGGCAGCCACCGAGUUGCCACUGAGGAUAACAAUGGGAAUGUAAUGAUCCUCGGUGACGGUAUGAUCCCUGUAAAUCUUGACACUCUUCCCACUGGUCCCUAUCCAGCUGGAACCACAGCCUCAGGUAACGGAUUAUUCGUCGUGCGAGUCCCACGAAAUCUCGACGACCCUUGGUGUGACAACAUGAUGCUCAUAUCUGUUUCGGAGGUUCCAUCUAUUCAGCCUCUCGCCUCUCCUCCUUUCUCCCCAUCCUCUCAAUUCCAUAAUACGAAGUUAGUCAUUCCACACCGUCGGACCCUUGGUUUCUCUCCAGGAGCACGCUAUGUUGGUGCUUUUGAUGGGACCCAGGCCGUUACCUGGUCAACCAAAUCAUGUCAGUGUAUUGUGGGUUAUCGGGUGACGAACUUCGAUUAUUGGAUUAUUAAUCCCAAUGUCCCUCCGACACGCUCAUAUCUCAUCCCUGAUCCUAUGUUCACUCGAGCCACUAUUCCCUCGGUAGAAGGCGACAUGGCUGAUGAAGGACUUGAUUCAGUAGAUGAAUUCUGGAUCAAGUGCCCAUUUUACGAUAUCUCGCCACUCACAGGGUCUUCGUCCCGUAGCAUCUAUUCGUCUGCGGUAGGAAGGACCCCACUGAUCCAGUUUUCAUCAGUCUGGUUCGAUGGCAGAGCAGAGCUUGAGCUCCCAUCGGACUUCUACCCAGAUAACCCAUCCUGGUAUGGUGACCGGAUGUUACGUGAUUAUGAAGGGAUCUACUGCCCUCAGUCCAGCCGAGAUGGAACUCGAUUUCUACUCCAGGGCCGGAAAAGAGCCCCAAUUGUUGUCGACAUCAGCCAAAUCGUUUAG